AUGGCUGAUCAAAAAAGAAUCCCCAAUGGCGUCAAAUUUGCAUUUGGAGGAUUGGCAGGGUAUUUUUAUCUUCCACUUGACACCUAGAUUGUAGAAUGGGCGCUACAUUCUUCGUCCAGCCAUUGGAUCUGGUGAAGAACAGAAUGCAACUCUCUGGAACGACGGGAAAGAAGGAAUAUCGUUCUAGCAUCCAUGCACUUAGAACAAUCAUUGCCAACGAAGGUAUCUUUGCAGUUUACAAUGGGCUUUCUGCGGGGUUGGCUCGUCAAGCAUCUUAUACCACCACCCGGCUGGGUAUUUACACAUGGCUCUUCGAAACUGUCAGGUAUUUUUUUUAGUCUGAACAAGGCUGUUUUUAGUAAGGAUCAGACACCUUCGUUUUUCAUGAAAGCCGGUCUUGGAAUGACUGCCGGUGCCAUCGGGUCCUUUGUGGGUAAUCCAACCGAGGUUGCUUUAAUCCGAAUGACUUCUGAUGGUCGUCUUCCUGUUGCGGAACGUCGAAAUUACUCUAGUGUCUUCAAUGCAAUUGCCAGAAUUUAUAAAGAAGAGGGAAUCCGCGCUUUAUGGAGAGUAAGUGAUGUUAUAAAAACCUUUACACUUUAGGGAUGCAUUCCGACGAUCGGACGUGCAAUGGUUGUAAAUGCUACUCAACUGGCAACCUACUCUCAAGCUAAGCAAGCCAUUUUGGGUACAAAGUAUCUUGAGGACGGGAUUUUAACUCACUUUGUCGCUUCCAUGAUCAGUGGGCUUGCCACAACUAUUGCUUCUAUGCCUGUCGACAUUGCAAAGACAAGGUUUGCAAAACUAUGAUGUUUAAUAUUGUAUUUUAGAAUCCAAAAUAUGCGAAUUAUUGAUGGGAGGCCUGAGUAUUCUGGGGCGUUGGACGUUCUGAAGAAAGUCGUAAGAAAUGAAGGCUUCUUUUCUCUCUGGAAGGGGUUCACACCUUAUUAUAUGCGUCUUGGACCUCACACGGUCUUAACGUUUAUAAUCUUGGAACAGAUGAACGCACUUUACUUCAAGUUCGUCCUCAAAAGUGAAGGCCACAGUGCGAUGUAA